CCUCCCACUUGGAGCGCCUUCUGCCUUCUUUUGGAGAAAAAGAAUAGAAGAUAAGAAAAGGAGAGAAAAGGAACGAGAGGGGUAAAGUAAGAGAGAGCCAGAGAGUAAAAAAAAAAAAAUUUUAAAUUAAGACGAGAUCAGAGAGGGCUGGGGCGCGCAGGGGCGCGCAGGACCCGGGGGCGGACCAGCAGAGCCCCAGUGCGGUCGCCCGGGCAGGUGCCACGGCUGCUGCCCGGAGGCGGCAUGUGACGCGCGGCCGCAGCUGCCCGCGGGCGGAGCGCGCUCGGACCCGGGAGCGCAACGGCGGGCCAGGUCGGCUGCAGCCGAGAGCCCCGCGCUCUCCACCCGCCCGGAGGAGCCGCAGCUGCGCUUGCACCCAGAAGCCGGGCAAUGCAGAGAAGGGCGGCUCCGGUGCGCGAGCGACCCUGAGGACAGUCGCCGUCUCGGAACGCCGUGUUGCGAGACGCCGGGGUUCGGUGGAGCUGACCGACAGGACGGUCCGAGAGAUUUCCGGAGGCGCGGAGGACCCGCGUGGGACAGCCACCUGGAACGCGGCUACCAGGUAUGACUGGUAAUGGCAUCUACUUCCGUUUUGCAUUGCUCAGUGGACUGUGGACUGAAUGAACCAUAUCCUUUCCCAUCAUGAUCGACAACAUAAAGACGCUCCACUUUGCUGCAUUCUGACUAGUGGCCAAGCACGGGACCUUCCGAACUUCAACAAAGGUACAGUAAGAAUAACACUCGCUGUGCUGUACUGACUUCGCUGUGAAGAAGUAGUGGAGCUUUCUGCCCAAACAUACGCCGGAGGAGCCACACAGCUAUGUGCAGUUGUGUUUGCUGAAGGGCUAGGAGAUGCCUCUCCGCUGAACAUAGCUAUGGCGUGCUCCUCUGCAGGAAUGACUGGGCAGGGACGGCUGUCCAGGGGAUGCGCAAAUCUUGACUGCAGUCGCUGGCAUGGUGAUGAUAUGGUGGAGCUGGAGAGACAGACUAUGUCAGAGAGUCACAAUGGCCUUGCACAGUAACAAUACAACCUCGCCUUUGUUCCCCAACAUCAGCACUUCCUGGGUGCACAGUUCCUCAGAGGCAGGGCUGCCCUUGGGGACAGUCACUCACUUGGGCAGCUACAACAUUUCGCAAGCAGCUGGGAACUUCUCCUCCAACGACACCUCCAACGACCCUCUGGGGGGUCACACCGUCUGGCAAGUGGUCUUCAUUGCCUUCUUAACAGGCUUCCUGGCAUUAGUGACCAUCAUUGGCAACAUCCUUGUCAUUGUGGCAUUUAAGGUCAACAAACAGCUGAAGACAGUCAACAACUACUUCCUCCUAAGCCUGGCCUGUGCAGAUCUCAUCAUCGGGGUCAUUUCCAUGAACCUGUUCACGACCUACAUCAUUAUGAACCGCUGGGCACUGGGGAACUUAGCCUGUGACCUCUGGCUUUCUAUUGACUAUGUGGCCAGCAAUGCUUCUGUCAUGAAUCUGCUGGUCAUCAGCUUUGACAGGUACUUUUCCAUCACAAGGCCACUCACCUACCGAGCCAAACGAACAACCAAACGAGCUGGUGUGAUGAUUGGGCUAGCUUGGGUCAUCUCCUUUGUCCUGUGGGCUCCUGCCAUCUUGUUCUGGCAAUACUUUGUAGGGAAGAGAACUGUGCCCCCAGGAGAAUGUUUCAUUCAGUUCCUGAGUGAGCCCACCAUCACCUUCGGCACGGCGAUUGCUGCCUUUUAUAUGCCUGUCACCAUCAUGACUAUUUUAUAUUGGAGGAUCUAUAAGGAAACCGAAAAACGUACCAAAGAGCUGGCUGGGCUACAGGCCUCUGGCACAGAAGCUGAGGCAGAAAACUUUGUCCACCCCACAGGCAGUUCUCGAAGCUGCAGCAGCUAUGAACUACAGCAAAGCACGAAGCGCUCAUCCAGGAGAAAGUAUGGCCGCUGUCACUUCUGGUUCACAACUAAGAGCUGGAAGCCCAGUGUUGAGCAGAUGGACCAAGACCAUAGUAGUAGUGACAGCUGGAAUAACAAUGAUGCUGCUGCCUCCCUGGAAAACUCUGCCUCCUCGGAUGAAGAGGACAUUGGCUCGGAGACCAGAGCCAUCUAUUCUAUUGUGCUCAAGCUGCCAGGUCACAACACCAUCCUCAACGCUACCAAGCUACCCUCCUCAGACAACCUGCAGGUGCCGGAUGAGGACCUGGGAACUGUUGAUGUGGAAAGAAAUGCCAAUAAGCUUCAGGCCCAGAAAAGCAUGGACGACGGUGACAGCUGUCAGAAGGACUUCUCCAAGCUUCCCAUCCAGUUAGAGUCCGCCGUGGACACAGCCAAGACCUCCAGCACCAACUCCUCAGUGGACAAGACCACGGCCGCUCUACCUCUGUCCUUCAAGGAAGCCACGCUGGCUAAGAGGUUUGCUCUGAAGACCAGAAGUCAGAUCACCAAGCGGAAAAGGAUGUCGCUCAUCAAGGAGAAGAAGGCAGCCCAGACCCUCAGUGCCAUCUUGCUGGCCUUCAUCAUUACAUGGACCCCCUACAACAUCAUGGUCCUGGUGAAUACCUUCUGUGACAGCUGCAUACCCAAAACCUAUUGGAAUCUGGGCUACUGGCUGUGCUAUAUCAACAGCACCGUGAACCCCGUGUGCUAUGCCCUGUGCAACAAAACAUUCAGAACCACCUUCAAGAUGCUUCUCCUAUGCCAGUGUGACAAACGGAAGCGGCGCAAACAGCAGUACCAGCAAAGACAGUCAGUCAUUUUUCACAAGCGAGUGCCCGAGCAGGCCUUGUAGGAAGAGGGUUUAUCAGUAGCAAUGACCACACACACACAUCAGCCCACAAAGCCUAGAAGGAGUCUGGCGCGGGUGGGAGGCCGUUCCUGAUGGUGAUAAAGCGAUUUUUAUCAGCCACACAGGAGAAAAGCUGCCUGUUUACUGAUCCAUUGAAUAAACUGAUUUUGGCCAAAUGCCAAUUCAGCGGGAAAGAGAGAAAAACAUAUUGCUGAAUAUAAAGAAAUAUAUUCUGAAGUAGACUUUUAAGUGUUUUUUCUUACAGAGAAAAAAAUAUAUUGCCUUGAAGCAAGUAUCCUCUGAAAUUGGUUUGCCUAGGUCUUUUCAUUCCCACUAGCUCUGAAAUCACAGGUGAGCCUCCCUGCACGAGUUGCCAUGUGUUCUUCCCAAGGGUCCCAAGGUGUCCCUCCAGACCCCAUGUGAAGCACGGCAGGCUUGGAAAUCUGUGGUUCUGAGUUAUUUUGUACAUUGCAGAGCUGACCCAAUCAGCUUGUCCCAAUCAGCUUCCGUCCCCUCUUGGUGUGUUGUUAAACUCUAUUUGUGGAUUUGAUUCUUGGUUCUUGCAAAGUACCGUUUUGUGCAGUUCAAGUUUCAAACAAAAUCGCAUAUGAAUACAUGUAUACCUAUCUAUGUGUGAGUUCAGCACGCACACACAUAGUGUACAUAACGUGAUGGGGAACACUGAACUGGGAAAAUGUUCCUACCGUAUAUGCUUUCAGUACUUUGGUAACUGAAACUCUCUAGGAUCCUAAUAUGAUAUUGAAAGUGAAUUAAGCCCAGUUUAAUGUUAUUAAUGUUUGGGUUUGGGUUGUUGACACUGGAGCUGUUUCUCACAAACCACCCUGAAGAAUAAUAUCCAGCACAGAGAAGCCAGGCCUCAUCAGCAAACCUGUGCUAGAUGGACAGUCUCGAGGGUCAGUCCGCACCAUGUCUUGACUGGACUCAGAGUGCUUACUGUCUCCUUGGCUAUUAGUUCUGUCAGCAGAGCUGAACUAGGGCCCCUCUGAGCUCAAAAGGAUGAACUUAUGUACAUGUUUGAAUUUCGUCGUCUAAAUCUGAAUGUUUCAAAACAAAAUCUGGGAUCUAAACUGCUUGAAACUCAAUCCUAGAGUCACCUUUGAAUGUCACAUACAGCAAUAUAUCUACAUUUACACGGAAAAGCGAAGGAAAUACUGUGCCAGGGGCCUGACAGAAAGUUUUGCAUUCACUUCCUGCUACUUGGCACCUCCAGGAGGAAAGGAGGCCUUACCUCCUGUUAUGUAGCAGGAGCCAGGACUUCUGGUUGUCACUGUGUAACCUUCACCCAGGAAUCGUUUGUGUCAGGAAGCUACACGUCCUCUGAAGAAAGAAUUGCACUCGAAAAAGUAUUGCUUCAAAAUUUCCUUCUUCCCAUUGUGACAACUGAAUUUUGCAUUAUCCUUUGACUUGCCCCCAAGUGCACCGUGUUUUCUCCCGGGGGAGGGGUCUGCUGCUCUUGUUCUCGUGGCUGCUGUAUUGUUGGGUUCCUUCCUUCUUUUCCUUCUGCCGGGACUGUGUGGGGGAGCGGGUGGGGGGAUGGGAGGGCUGUGGAGAACCCUUCCCUUGUGCAGGGCAUCCAUCCGUGUUGUGAGCCCAGAGCUUUUGUAUUCAGGGGGAGGUGGUGUUUACAGCCGACUUUGACAUCAGUGGAUGUGUUCUCAGUGGUGUGUCUGUACCUGAACUAUUUAAUGUUGUGUCAUGUUUAUAUAAAGAAUAUUUAUGCAUA